AGUGCUGGGGAGGAAGAAGAAGAAGAGUCGAGCAUCCAUCUGAAAGCGAUGGCAGUCGGUGUACCAAAAGAAUUGAUGGCGAUGUCUAUGGAACAAUUGCAGAAAUUAAUCGAAGAAAGACGACAAAAGAAGGCCCUUCUCAAAGUCCUUGAAACGCCUGAAGAGAAACGCGCUCGACGAUUGGCCAAAAAAGAAGCCAAAGAACGGUGGUGUCGCGAACGAAUGGGCUGGGAUCAAGAAUAUUUAGGCUACACGAAUGAGGACAACCCGUUCGGUGAUCAUCGACUUUCAGAAUCCUUUGUUUGGAAGCAGAAAUUGGAAUCUGAAGGUCUCGCGCAUUUGUCAAAAGAGGAGAUUCAGGCAUUGCAGAAGAAAAAGAUGGAAGAAAAUCGAUUAGAGCUAAAAUCCGUGCGAAAGCGUCGAGCUGAACGAGAGCGGGAACGAGAAGAGCGAGAAAAAGAGAUGGAAAUGAUGCAACGAGACAAAGAGGCCGAAUACUACCGAUCUUGGGAGCAACAGGAGGACACCUUUCAUCUUGAGCAGGCCAAACUUCGUUCCCGGAUCCGCAUUGCAGACGGUCGGGCUAAACCGAUUGAUUUAUUGUCCAAGUAUAUCACCGAUCAGGACGAGGAAGCAAUGGAAUUGGCCUCAGCGGAUCUAUCAGGUGCGAUAGAAAUCUUGGAACCUACACAAUUCCUGGUGGGAUUGGGAAUGGAUGACUUGGAGGAUUUAUUGGCGGACAUAAAGGUGGUAUACAUGGAGCUAGAGAAGGGUCGCAACGCAGAAUACUGGCGUGAUAUUACCACUGUGGUUGAAGAUGAAUUGCACAAAUUACGUCGUUUGGCCGGUGGUGCUUGCGGUGCGGACAGUCGUGGACGAAGCUCGGCCACAAUCAGUCAGUCGGUCAUGCAAAGCGUGGCUGAGACACUGAAGGGCAAAACGUACACUCAGUUGGCCGCGCUUGAACGUCAAAUUGAACCCAAACUUCGCGGAGGCGAGGGCGUCGAUGUAACCUAUUGGGAAACUUUGGCACAAUUUGUACGCGCUCAAAUGGCCCGAACUCGAUUGCGUGAUAUGCAUCAGGAGAAUCUGCGUCGCAAGUUGGAGUAUUUACGGCAGUCUCAAGGUAUUAUAGCUGAACCGUUGUUCCCUAGUGGCUCGGAAGUAAUCAGUGCCCCCCAGCCGGUCGAGCCGUUACCCACUGCACAGCCGUCUACAUCCCAUGAUAACUCCACCGCAAUGCCUCCACCGAAUAAAGUUCCAGGAAGGCGAUUGGAUCUACCCCCAGAACCAGAGACAACUGAGGCUACUCCGGAAGUGGCUGAUCCACACAGUGCCGAAGCGAUUCGGGCUGCUCGAGUCGCCCAACUGGAGGCAGCAUCUCGGGCCGAGGAGGAACCGUAUGACCCCGGGUCUUAUUCGCCUCCGCGUGUCGAACCGUCUGAUUUGGAGCUGGAUGCUGUGGUCUACGAACCGGCAGACGAUGUGGCAAAGAUAGAAUACCAGGAAUUCAGUUCAGAAGUCCUACGUACCGGGGCAAUGCGAGCAUCUGAGGAAGAAGAAUUGAUGCGUCGUGCCCGCGAGGGCAUGGAAGACGGUGAGGACGCACAAUUCUCAGUCAUGGUACGUUUCAAUGAUCAAAAGAUGUUAUCUUCUACUCGUAACGUGCGCAUGUAUAUCCAAACUUGUUUCGACCCGAGCCAUGCACCAAGCAACUCAGCAUAA